UGACGGAGCUGCGUCAACUGAAACGUCACAACAUAUUUUAUUGGAAAUGAAACGGAGUUGAUGAAGCGCGCGAGUCAGAGCUGAAUGUUUGUCCUCUAAACGCCCGCGAGGAAAUUCGAGGCGGUUUUAGUAUCCACAUCCGGGGCUGCAGACCCUCCCUCCUCCUCCUCCUCCUCCUCUCCAUCCUCUCCUCCGCCUGCAUCCUCCCACCCUGCAGACCGACAGACAGGAGGACCUCCUCCAGCUUCAGUCAUGUCGGUGUCGCCCGCCCUCACCGACCUCUCUCGUCUCUAUCAGACGGAGUUUGUUCGCAGCGCCCGGGCGGUCGGUGUCCUCUGGGCCAUCUGUACGCUCUGCUUCGCCAUCAUCCAGGUGGUCGUCCUGGUGCAGCCGUCCUGGAUUGGCACCACAGACACCCGGCACCCGGGGGCGCCCAGUGGCACCCUGGGACUUUUUGAGGUGUGUGUGGAGUCAGACUGGCCUGUCCCAGACUGUCGUGGUGGUCUGUCCAGUCUGUCUCCUCUUCCGUCCUUCCAGUCCGUGGCGGUGUUGGUGGGCGUGUCCCUGUGGGCGGUGUGGACCAGCGUCCUCUGUCUCUGCCUCUUCCGGUUCUGCAGCGCCGCAACUGUCUACAAGAUCUGCGCCUGGCUGCAGCUCACUGCAGGUUUCUGUCUGGCGUUGGCCUGUCUUCUGUUUCCAGAUUCGUGGGAGAGUCCAGAGAUGAGAGCUCUGUGUGGAGACUCGGUGGGCAGCUUCUCUCCAGGUAACUGUUCGGUCCACUGGGCAUACAUCCUGGCCAUCCUGGGUGUCCUGGACGCCGCUAUCUUGGCCACGUUAGCAUUCGUCCUCGCCAACAGGCAGGAUGCUCUGCUGCCACCAGACACCAAGGAUGUGACCACAGGUCUGCUGAUGUCAGCAUGAGGUCACCAGAGCUGUUUGGUCUUCACUUCUCCUCUUCAUCCGUCAUCAUCAUCACCAGAGGGGAUACAGUCAAUACCUAAAUGAGUCAGAAGAAUAAGAAUGCAGCAUUCCUCCUCCUCUCCUCUCAUCAUCCCCUGGUUACCUGGAGACUACAUCCACCAUAAGGCGCGUUUUGACCAAAAAGUACCUGAAAAUUUCAGAACUUUUAGUUCCAGGUACUUUUCUUCAGGAACUAAAAGGUUCCUGUGGCCCAUUGUUGUCUGUGUUUCCACUGCGGCCUAAAGUCCCAGGAAGAUUAUGCUAAAUUAUUACUUGACAUUACAUUAUUCACAGCACUUUGAGGACAUAACAUGAACGAAAAUACAGGAUAAAUUCAUCCCGUAUAUAUUCAAUACAGGACACAGCAUUUUAUUUUCCAAUAUGGGACAAUCCCGUAUUAUACAUGACGCAUGGCAACUCUAGCCACUCCGGUUGUUGUGGUCCUUUAUUUUUUUUAAGUCCUUUUUCAGUUUUUUUUCCUUUUGCCGGACCUGUUUCGCGGUGUUGAAAAUGUGUUUGCUCGCUUGCUCACUGCGGGGCUUUUAAACAUGGUGAGUGAAUUAAAACGCAGUGAGUACUCGACCAGUCAGAAAUGUUCAGCACUGCACACCACAGCCACCAAAGUUCCUGAACCUUUGGAAAGUACUACCCCCCGACCAGGGACUUUUUUGGGGGUCGAUUAAUUACCCCAGAACUAAAUUUAGACCCUGGUUCCUGCGGUUUAAACACGCAUAGUUCCUCAAAAGGUUCCUGGUUCCUGGUGGUGGAAACGCGGCUUCAGUGUUGUCACAGUAAAGCGGUGAACGUGAAGACCUGCAGACAGUAGGGGGCCCCUCCUAGGGGAGAGGGGAGAGAGAGAGGAGGUGGUGUGAUGCAGAAAAGGAGGGAUAAGAGGAGGUGGAGGUGGAGGAGCAGAGCUUCAACAUGGUGGCUCUGUAGUGAAGCCACUUAAACAGAAGCACAACGUGUUUUAUAAAAUCAUUAUUAUCAUUAACAGAGUUCAUGGUGUCAAACUGUCAACAAAUGGAGGGACUGAGCUGCAGCAGCUCUUUAUAAGCCAGAUCCCCUGUCUCCUUCACUAGUAAUCUCACUAGUACUAAUACUAACUUGUUUCAAACUAAUGAUUUCCUAAAUGAAAACUAAACUUCAGUAAAGACUUGAAUGAUGUGAGUCAGUUCAGGUGUUUUUCUUUCUGUGUGCAGACGUGGAGAAAUCUGUGUUUCACAGUGACUAUACACAGUUCAUAAUGUGAGGGAAAAACCUGGAUAGGCUAAGAUAACAUGUUAUGUACUCAGUCAGAUGUUACUGGUAUGACAUUUUACAAUUUGACAUGUGCUGUGCUAUUUUGUGAAAUGUAAUUUAAAAUCUUUAAGACUGACAUAAUCUUGACUUCAUCAAGACUCAGGUUUGAUCUUUCUCCAUGUGACUGGGUCAGAUAUUAGUGUGCUAAUGUUAGCUUUGGUUCAGUUAGCUACACAGUUUGUGUUGAAACUGUUCAAGUUUAGAAAUAAAACUCAUUAGCAAACACUGACAUUAGAACGAGGUUAAGUUUGGAUUUAUUAACAGCUGCUGCAGCCGACGACCGAACCUUAAAAGAACAGAUUCAAUACAUUCCUCUGAAUCUCUUUUUUCACAUGGAUAUUAGUUUGAUCUCUGUUUAGCCUGGCUUAGCACAAAUACUUGAAGCAGGAAGAAAUUUCAGCCACCAGCAACAUUAAAAUGUUACAGCAAAUGUUUCAAACAGUUAGCAACAUGUAUGAUUUACAUGCUGUGUCGUGUUAGCUGUCAGUUUGUCAACAGGGGUCAAAACCCAGUGACCUAGAUACAUAGCUCAAACUUUACAGAUUGGUAUCAUUAGCUUUAUCAUCAGACGCGGAUGCACUCUGUCUGAUUUACAGGUUGUAUCAUGUCGGCGAUGGCCAGUUAGCUUAGAGUUAGCUUUAGGUCCAGUUAGCUUAGAGUUAGCCUCUGGUUUAAGUUCGUAUAUAGCUUCAGAUCCAUUUAACUUCUGGGUCCACCUAGCUUAGAAUUAUUUUAAGAUCCAGUUAGUGUCUGGGUCUAGUUAGCAUAGCAUUAACUUCUGAGUGCAGUUAGCAUAGCAUUAGCUUCAGGUCUAGCUAGCUUCUUAGUGUUAACCCCUGGCUCCUGGCUAGCUGACUACACAAUGAACUGCUGAUUAACUGGAUUGCUAACAUGCUUCCAAUCUUUGUGCUAAGAUAAGCUAACAAGAUGAGAUUGACCUGAAACAUGACUCUGGAGUAGACAGAGUACAGGAUAACUUAUCUAAAAUGUCAGCAUGACUUUUGACCUUUAAGGCACAUUAAUUAAACAUAUUGUUCAGUUUUCCCUGCACUGACACUUCCAGGCUGAACAUUUGUUUGUUGUUUAUAGAUAAUGUUGCCUUGUUAUUAGAUUCAGUUGAACUGAUUUUAUUUUCAUAGAGCAUGUAGAACUGUAUAGAACCACAAUUUAUCAAAGCAUUUUGAAAUCUGGAGAUCGACAUGUUUUUGAAUUUGUUUAAUGUGAUCGUGUAUCUGUGUUUUUCAAGUGUUUUUAUGGCUACGUCUCUAGGUAAAUAAACCAUUAAGAAUUUA